AUGGCCGCUCUCUUUCUACAGCGCUGCAACACAGUCGCGCACUCGCUCUGCAAGCUGUAUGUGGCAACGGGGACUAACACAACACUGCUGGCGCGUAGCAUUACCACCACCAGCCCGGUGCGAAAUCAAAACAACAACAGCAGCGGCAAGGGCAAACAGCUGUCGACGGCGGACGUGAAGAAGAUCCCAGACAGCGACGUGAGGAAAUCCGUUUUCAUCUCGCAGUCCAAUGACAUCUUCACCAAUCUCGCCCUUGAGGAUUGGAUCUAUCGAAACUUUGACUUUGCCCAUCACCACAUCCUGAUGCUGUGGGUAAACAAGCCGGCCGUGGUCAUUGGUCGCCACCAGAACCCGUUUGCCGAAACGAACGUCUCGGCGCUGAUGCAGAACGGUAUUGAGUUGGCUCGCCGAAACAGUGGCGGAGGUGCUGUGUUCCAUGAUUUGGGCAAUUUGAAUUGUACCUUUUUUACGCCACGUGCUCGCUACGAUCGGAAGUACAACCUGAACCUAAUUACUCGCGCACUAUACCGCGAGUUUGGCAUUAGCGCCGAGAUCUCCGACCGGGACGAUAUUACGUUGCUGGGCAAGAAGGUUUCCGGAACAGCUGCCAAACUGGGCCAUCCGAACGCUUAUCACCACUGCACACUGCUCGUCAACUCCAACAAGCUUCAUCUGGGCGAAUCCCUUGUCAAAGAUAACGCCGAAAUCAUCAGCAAGGCCACCGCCUCGGUACCAUCGCCGAUUAAAAAUUUGGCCGACGUGAACCGCACCGUAAACAUUCAACAGCUUUUAUCAGCCAUCGGAUACGAGUUUCUGCGUACCCCGGCUACUCAACUAACUGAUGGAGGUCGGGACCUUUUGAUGAAACAGCUUGGGUUCCAGUUGAUCAACCCAACGGAGAAAUGGUUUCCCGGUCUGAACGAGCUGCGGGAGAACUUUGUCUCCUGGGACUGGCGCUUCGGAAAGACACCCAAGUUUGCGGUUCAGAAAAGCGUACAGCUGAAAUCGGAGGGAGAUAGUCAGCCACAUGAGAUGAAGGUCAAGGUGGAAGUUGAGAAGGGACUCAUUCAGGAGAUCAAUCUUAUCGUUGCGGGACAGGACCCUAUACCGGUGGUUUCGAACUUGGUCGGUAAACCAUACCUCGAGGACUGUUUCAACGGCAUUCUGGAAGCAUUGAAGGGUACUACCGCAGAGAAUAUGAAGCAUGCUAUGGGUUUAUGAGAUCCCGGUGAUGAUCGAAUCGAAUGAAUGCCCAGAAAAUACAUCCACGCUAUGAAUCAUCCAAUUUCAUAUCACGUUACACUUCUAAAGCUCACACGACCUUCGGAGGCCAGGCAGUGUGGUUGUUCAUCAAAAAUUUAGAUUAGAAUGAAGCGUGAACGUCGGCGACGUCUCCUGCUUUGUAACCGCUUUCGUUUUAUUCUUUAUUGUUAUAUUUUGUUCGAUUCGAUUCCCUUUGUUUGAAACAUCAACAAAGGUGUAGUAAACUGUCGAAACAAAUCGAAGGCGAGGUAAUAUGCUAAUUAUCUGUACAUACCUCCGCCUUCAGGGGGCAAGCAAAUUAUUUUUUACCUUUUCUUUUCAAAUAAAAGACUGAUAACCAAAUUAUGCAAAUAUUUUACAACCUGAGCGAAAGUUGACCGACAAUUUUCAGUCUUAUCGUAAAGAUUAAUUUCAUCCAUAAUUAUAUUCGUACUACCUACCAUUACAGAAUUAUUUUGAUGUGAUGAUCUUAUCGCUUAGUAAUUGGCAAUACUGUAACCAAAACCCUUUCGUUUGAACAUAUUACACAAUGAGCAAAAAAGUUGGAAAUCAUCGCCUAAUGGUUUGCGAUAUAGGUAUAUAGAUUACUAUUCAUUAAGUUUAUUAUGGGAUGUGUAUUUCAUUAAUUUUGGUAGUUUAAAUUGUUUAUCUAUCUUUAUUAGCCUUGUCUAGCUUUUAUCUAUAUCGAACUUUCGGAAUACUUUUGUUUCUUCUAAACAAAGAAAUAGAUUAAUCAAGAAUACGAAUCAUAUCAUUUAUGUUUAGGAUGGGUUUAUUCUAUACACUAGUUUGCCGCUUACUGACUUUUCAGUUCGAGUUGAGUUUUAAUACACUAUCUUCUAACCCCAAAUAAACUAGAACUGACAUUAGAUUGUAGACUAUAUUUACAUGGCUAUCAGAUCUUGAGUUGCUUAAUAAUAUUUAGCCUGUUUACUAAUCGAUAGUGAUAUAUUAAGUAGCUGAAUCUGAGUACUAAACACACACACACAGGGUGCAUCCUUUGGAUUUACGACUAUGCGCAAAGAUUAUUUUUCUAAUAGAAUAUACAUUUUCCUGAUCAUAUUGAGCUAUUCAAAAACGUAAGCGCGUUAAAAUUUUAAAUAGUUUAGUGAUACACGUAUAUUGUGACAUUAAUAUAAAGAAGAAAUUUCUACGAAA